AUGGCCCUGGCGGCCUCCCUGGCUGAGCUAUGCGCAGAGGCCUGCUGCCCCUUGUGCCACGAUUUCCUGCAGGAGCCUGUGACCCUGGAAUGUGGCCACAACUGCUGUGGCUCGUGCCUGCAGCAGCGCUGGGAACACCUGCACGACGUCCUGCCCUGCCCCGUGUGCCUGCACCCCUGCACAGAUGGGCACCCCCAGAAGAACACGCAGCUGGGGGACAUGAUUGAUCUGGUCCAGCAGAUUCUGUGCAUGAGGAAGAAGAACAGUGAGAAGGAAGAAAAUGAAGAGGAAGUAGAAGAGGAAGAAGAGGGCAGAGGCCGCUGUGAGAGGCACCAGCAGGCCCUGAGCCUGUUCUGCGAGGACGACUUGGAGCUGCUGUGUGGCCAGUGCUUGGCCUCUCCUGACCACCAGGCCCAUGACCUAACACCCAAUGCAGAAGCCGCUGCUCAUCACAGGAUGAACCUUAAGAAUUGCCUAUGGCAUCUGGGAGAGCCGCCGGAGGAGGCAGUGAGGGCCUUGGAAAGGAAGGACGCCGAGUUCACCAAGCUGAAAGACCAGUUGAAAUUGCAGAAGCAAAAUGUCACCCAUGAAGUCAGCCAAUUGACCCAGUUCUUGAGAAAACAGGACCGUUCCAUCGAGAGGAAGCUUUUUCACCAAAGGGCCAGCAUUUACAGACACAUGCUAAAAACCAAAGAGCAGCUGUCCAGGGAAGCCUGCACUGGGAAGGAGCUGCUCAUGGCACUGCAGAAGGCUUGUCUGCAGGCGGAUGCCCAGCUCCUCCAGGACGCCGGAGCCCUGUACCAGGCCUGGAGCCAGUGCCAGAGUCUGGGAUUCCCUGAAGCCCCUUCCUGGGAGCACAAAGAGGAGAGUCCCUCUCUGCCCCCCAGCUACAUCGGCUUGGACAACAUGAGGGCCAAGUUCCAGGUGCACCUGACGCUGGAUCCUGAGACUGCUCACCCGGAUCUCUUCAUUGCCCGCCAGACAACCGCCAUCUAUUUCCAGGAGGGCACUCAGCUUAGCCCUGGCGUGCGCCCCAGUACAUUCACCUCUCAUGUGGCGGUCCAGAGUGCCCAGGGCUUCGCUAGUGGCCGGCACUUCUGGCAGGUGAAGAUCCGAGGCUUAGGAGUCUGGUGUUUGGGCCUGUGCACCGAGGCCUUCUUCAGGGACACUCGGGCAGGGCAGACACCGCCCAAUGGCUGCUGGCAGAUGCCCGUGACCGUGUCCCUGACCCUACCAGGUUUCCCUAGGCAGAAAGCAGAAGUUGCCUGCAUAGGAGUUUUUCUGGACUAUGAGUUGGGGGAAAUUUCCUUCUACAACAUGAGCAAGAAGACCCACGUUUCCAACUCUCCUUGGAGUGGUGCCGUCUACCGACUAGAGGACCAACUGCAGCUUCCCCUCCAGGCCCUGCGGAAGGUUGGCAAGAACCCAGAGCAGCAGAACUGA